CCGGCGCCGCGGCCGGCCACGCGGCAGCACCAAGCCCAUGCUCGCCAACAAGGCCGCCGCGAAACCCAAGCCCAAGCACGCCAAGUCGGCCCGGCAGAUCCCAGCGGCGCCGACGCCCGAGCCCGACCAGGAACAGCCGACGACGGAGCAGCCUGUUGCUAGCGCCACCACGCCCACCGUCGCCGGGGAAGAAGAAGAAGAAGCAGAAGAAGCCGUGGGCACCAGCAGCGAGGGCGCGGAGCAGGAAAAAGGGGAAGACGAAGAGGAAGUUGAGUACGCGGCCACGGACCUCCCGGGGGUGCGGUUCCAUCCGACGGACACUGAGCUCAUCGGCUACCUCCGCCGCAAGUACGGCGGCCGCCGGAUGCCCGCGGACAUCGUCAAGGACUUCAACGUCUUCCAACACCAUCCCAGCACCGUCCAAGAGAUUUGCGGGGACAGCAUCGACGGGUCCUGGUACGUGUUCACGCCGAGGAACCGGAAGUACGAGGACGGCAGCCGCCCGGACCGGUCCGUCAUUUGUGAAGGGAACAACAAAAUAGGAUACUGGAAGUCCAACGUCAAAGAAACCGACAUCACCGUCGGUGGCAAAGUGAUCGGGAAGACCAACGCGCUCACCUUCGCGCUCGGCAACCAGCCUAAAGGGGAGUUGACCCGUUGGAGGAUGAAGGAGUACCGGAUCCCCGACAACCGGCGAAAGCGAGACCCCAAACGACGGAAACCCAGUCAGAGAAUUCUCGAUCCUGACGACAUGCUGCUUGAUGAGUGGGUGAUAUGCAAAUUGUUCUAUAAUAAAAACAAAAAAGAUCAAGAUGGAGCCCCAGUUGAUGUGGGAGGUCAACAAGAUGGUGAGGUCAAUGAAGAUGCCGAUGAAGAAGCCGAUGGCAAAGACGACGACACAGACGAUGGGAAUCCACCAUCAGAUGGACAUGAAGACGCCGAUGAAGAAGCUGAUGGCAAAGACGACGACACAAACGAUGGAAUCCACCAUCAGAUGGACAUGAAGACGCCGAUGAAGAAGCCAGUGGCAAAGACGACGACACAAACGAUGGGAAUCCACCAUCAGAUGAACAUGAAGAUUUUGUAUAUGGUACCUUUUUCUACUAAUGACUUUGCAUUUGAAGACCAAUAAUCGUUGGAGCAAUUGGAGAAGACAGUGAAUACUAGAGAUAUCAUAAGAGACCAUAGCAUCGUAGUUUAAAUCUAAAUGUGUAGAUAGUAGUAUUAUGUGUUGAGAGCAAGAACCUUUUAUGUUUUUGCUACAUUUUGUGGCCAGUCCAAUUGUCAUUGAUGUGUCUCAGUGUGACUUAAU